AUGUGCCCCCCACCACAGCACCGUCCCCACCGCCCCCCUCUCCCACCUCGGGAGCCCUCGGGGGGGCACAGGGGCAGCCCCCCUCGCCCCGGCCCCGCUGCCCGGGGUGUCCCUGAGCCCUGGGGUGGGACACGUGGCCCGGGAGUGACCCUGGGGCCGCCUGUCGCUUUCCCUGCGGGCGGACGGACGGACGGACGGACGGGUGGCAGGAAAGUGCAGCCGGGGGCCACCUGGGGGGACCACCCCACGUCCCGGGAGCUCUGCCGCCCCCCGGAUCCGGCCCCAUGGGCCCCCCCCGGGCUCCUCCUGGGGCUCCUCCUGGGGCUCCUCCUGGCCCUGGGGGUCGGGGGGACGCCGGAGCCGCCGGGGCCGCUGCCCGAGGAGCAGGAGCACGGGUAUUACCUGCAGCAGCUCUUCGGGCAGUACGGGGCCAACGGGACGCUGCCCUUCGAGGGGCUGGCGAGGCUCCUGGGCAGCCUCGGGCUGGGCCGAGUCCAGGUGGUGCAGAUCCAGCACGAGGAGCUGGGCCACGGCCACGUCAGUCACCUGGACCUGCUCGAGGUGCAGGAGGAGAAGCACCGGCACCGGCACCCGGCCUGGGAGCACGGCGGGGACGCGGCUCCCCCGGCCACCGACCGACCCCACAGCCCCCCGCCCUCCCGGACGCAGAGCUGGGCGAAGCCGGUGCCCACCGAUCCCCCCGGGGCUGGGGACCCCCCCCGGCGGUACCAGCCCACCCUCAGCCUGCUGGGGAGGGUCCUGGGCUUGGAGCACUCCAGCGCCGACCACCCGCACGAUGAUUGCCUCAACGUGACCCAGCUGCUGGUGAACUUCGGGCUGGACUCGGCGUCGCAGCUGACGCCGGAGCAGUUCACCCUCCUGUGCCCGGCCCUGCUCUACCAGAUCGACAGCCGUGUCUGCAUCCAGCACAGCGAUGAGGUGACGCUGCCUCCCCCGGGGGGGGGGCCUGUGGCCAGAUGGACCCCGUGGACCCUCUCCGUGCAUUCCCAUCCCUGGCUCCUCCACCAUCGGCUUCCCAGGUCCCCAUCCCUGGAUCCCUCCAACCCCACCCCUACAAUGACCGUCCCUCCGACCCCAACUCUGGGCUGGGCUCUCCUGGCCGUGGCCUCCGUCAGCCUCCCGUCGGCCCUGGCCGUCGUCCUGGUCCCGCUGCUGAGCCGCGGCUUCUUCCGCUCCCUCCUGGCCUUCCUGGUGGCCCUGGCCGUGGGGACCCUCUGUGGGGACGCCCUGCUCCACCUCUGGCCCCACGUAGGUACCCUCGCGGAGGGGAGGCCCAGGGAGGGCACCAGGAGACGUCGUCGGGGCCGGGGCCCGCGGUGCUGCAGGGGCUGGCGGUGCUGGGGGGGCAUCUACCUGCUCUUCCUGCUGGAGCUGCUCCUGGGGAUGCUGCGGCGCAGGCGGGAGGCCACGGGACACCCCCACGGAGAGACCCCCACGGGGGUCCUGGCACCGUCACGAGGAGGGGCCGAGCUGAGACACCUCAGGGCACCAGACACGGACCCGGAGCUGGAGCUGAGGCCCCACGGACCCCCCCGUGAACCUCCCCACGGACACUCCCACGGCCCCGCGCUGCCCCUCGGCCCCGGGGCCACCGACAUGGUGUGGAUGGUGCUGCUGGGGGACGGGAUCCACAACCUGACGGACGGGCUGGCCAUCGGUGCCGCCUUCUCCCACAGCCUCUCCAGCGGGCUCAGCACCGCGCUGGCCGUGCUCUGCCACGAGCUGCCCCACGAGCUGGGUGACCUGGCGGUGCUGCUUCGGGCUGGCACCGCCCCCCGCUCCGUCCUGCUCCUCAACCUGCUCUCGGCCCUGCUCUCCUGCCUGGGGGUGGUCGUGGGGGUGGCCCUGGGGCACAGCGGGACCCCCCUCACCCCCUGGGUCCUCACCGGCACCGCCGGCAUCUUCCUCUACGUGGCCCUGGCCGACAUGCUCCCCGAGGCUCUCCGAGGAGCCUCCGAGGGUCCCUCCGAGGGCACCUGGAGCCGCUUCCUCCUGCAGAACGUGGGGUUCCUGCUGGGCAGUGGCAUCAUGCUGGGCAUCGCCCUGGCCGAGGGGCACGUCCGCGCCUGGCUGCAGCUCUGAGGGGCUCGGCCAGGGCCAGGACCCCCAACCUGCCCCCGGGACCGGAUUUUUUCACCUCCUGAAGACCCUCAGCGGCAGCCGCUGCCUCGGGAGCCUCGGGCUCAGCCCUUG